AUGGACAAACCUGUCAUCCAUCGUGACAUUAAAUCCGCCAAUAUUCUUCUUGAUAAUGAUUUCAAUCCAAAGAUUGCAGAUUUUGGGCUCUCAAGAUUCGGGCCACAGGGUGACAAAUCACAUGUCUCAACCUUGGUUCUUGGAAGUAAAGGCUACUUUGCACCAGAGUACAUUGGCACAGGUCAUUUGACAUUGAAAACGGAUGUUUAUAGCUUAGGGGUUGUACUGUUGGAGAUCCUUUCGGGGUUAAAAGCGGUUAAAAGGUAUCCAAAUGGAAAGUUAACAGAACUUGCUCAUUGGGCUAGACCAUAUCUUAAUGAUAGGAAAGAACUACAUUGUUUGAUUGAUAAAAGGAUAGUAAAGAAUUUGGAUGUUGAAGAAGUUAAUGAGUUUGCUACCAUUAUUCAACAAUGCCUUAGUGAAGAUCCAAGAAAACGUCCAACAAUGACGCAAGUUUUGCAUAGUUUAGAUCGGCUAGAACGAAAUAUGGAUAGAUGGAAUCAUAAUUUCGGCAAUGGAAAUGUACUUACAAAACAAUACCAUACUAUUUUGUAA